AUUGGCCGGGAGAACUCACCAAUGGGGAGCUCUGAGAGGCGGACCUACAGCGCCAGCAGCUAGAGGAAGACCAGCAAAUUUCAAGUUGGCUGCGACGUGAGCUCCGCGCCGGGGAGGGGCAGCAGGUUUUUCUCACUGGAUCACUGAAUACCCAGGCCCCCUCCACCAUGGCCAGUCGGGGUGGGGGCCGGGGUCGUGGCCGGGGCCAGCUGACCUUCAACAUGGAGGCUGUGGGCAUUGGGAAGGGGGAUGCUCUGCCCCCACCCACCCUGCAGCCUUCUCCACUCUUCCCUCCCUUGGAGUUCCGCCCAGUGCCCCUGCCCUCAGGAGAGGAAGGGGAGUAUGUCCUGGCGCUGAAGCAGGAGCUACGAGGGGCCAUGAGGCAGCUCCCCUACUUCAUCCGGCCAGCUGUCCCCAAGAGAGAUGUGGAGCGUUACUCAGACAAAUAUCAGAUGUCAGGGCCGAUUGACAAUGCCAUCGAUUGGAACCCUGAUUGGCGACGUUUACCCCGGGAGCUAAAGAUCCGAGUGCGGAAGCUACAAAAGGAACGGACCACCAUCCUGAUUCCCAAGAGGCCCCCUAAGAACACAGAAGAUAAGGAAGAAACAAUACAGAAACUAGAGACCCUGGAGAAAAAGGAGGAAGAAGUGACUUCAGAGGAAGAUGAGGAGAAAGAAGAAGAAGAAGAGAAGGAAGAGGAAGAAGAAGAGGAGUAUGAUGAAGAAGAACAUGAAGAGGAAACUGAUUACAUCAUGUCGUAUUUUGACAACGGAGAGGACUUUGGGGGUGACAGUGAUGACAAUAUGGAUGAGGCUAUAUACUGACAAAGCAGCACCCUGGACCUUUGGAUCUUUUUUGGUUUAAGAUACAGAGAGUAACUGUCCCUAUUAUUUGGUUUUGUGGGCAGGCAAAUCAUUUGCUUAGAGCCCAGAUAAACUGUUUGGCCCCGGAGAUAGAAAUGGACAGUGAGGACAGAUAGCUCCCGUAAAGGGCCAAGGACCAAUGUUAACAUACAAUGUUAACUGUAUGAAAGAAAGAAAGAAGGGUCAGAGAAACACUGGUGCUGUUAGAGCCCAGAGAGCUAUACAUAAGCCCCGCCCACUUUUGUACAGUGAAAGAUAAUUGGGGGUGUGUGCAGUUUGGAGGAGUAAGGCCAGCUUUAUAUUUUUAAAUAAAAUGUUUUUAUCUGCCUCUCUGUGCAGGGCGAAGCCUGGUGGGAGAGGCCUGGAGGAAAAAAGGGAGUGCCUAGCUCAGCCGUUCUUUCCUUACCCAUCAGAGUCCAGUGUGACACACUGGGGAUUACAGCCUUCCUGUCCUUUACCCCUUCCCUCCCACUGUAAUGGUGAGACACGUGCUUCCGUUCUAGCCCUGCCAGGGAACAUUCAGGAACUCAUCUAUGAGGCUGCUCAGAGUGAGGAGUAGAGAAGAACAGCCCAUGUCCUGAAGACCGGUUGGCUUCUGAGCCUCUGGUCCUCAGGCCACGGGACACGGAUUGUCUCUUUUCACAUGUGUUCACAAGGACACGGGCUCUCUCUUUCCCACACUUGACCUUGAGCUUGUCCUUGUUUACAAGGAAAGAUUACAGCUAUUUUUGUGAGAGAGAAUCAAGAAAGCCAGGGGCAGGGAGGGAGUAGGGAGGAGGUGCUGAUUGUUCCUCAGCACACACCCUCUUCCAGGCCCCCCGGGACCCCACAUUGAAAGAUAGGUCUGUGCAAGGGGAACCCCCAUUCUCCACUUCCAGAAACUGCUUUGGUGGCUGAGUUGCAGUUUCCCUUUUGGUUCUUCCUUUGUGGAAUUUAGGUAGCCUUUCUCACUCCCUUCUUGGAGUAGAGGGGGUAGGCGGUAUUGCUUUACAGGAAGUACGGAGGGUGGGGAGGAGGGGAGUGACUUAGGGACACUCAGCUCUGAGAGAUGCUUUCUCGCCCACACAGCUCUCCCUGGGGUGAGGUCACUUCCCUAGGCUCUGAUUGGCUUCCAAGGAAGCCCUCGAUGAGCUGAUUGGUUCCAGCCACUUGGCAUGCAACAGUCACGGGCGAGCUGCGUGUCCAGAAUAGGGACUGAAUAAGGAGGCAGGCACAGAUAGCUGGGAUGCUGUCAUAGCGACCCUACUAAAACAUUGGAAGUCAUGAAGAGGGGAUGCAAGAGAACCUUCAAGAAAUUCUCCAAACACAUUCAGGCAGGCAGACUGAAUUCCAUAUACUGCAGCAGAUGAUAGAGACUGGCAAUCUCGUGUUAGAUAUUUCUGACCCCAUUGUAAAAAAUGAAUAGGGACUGUGACUUCAUUGAGGGAAAGCACCUUGAAAGCCUGGUUUGGCUGUGGUAAUAGGUGUUAAGGUAGAGGCAGCCAAGAGAACAGAGUAGGAAGCAGGAAUUGAAAGAGAACAUUCCAGAGUUAUUGAGCACUUUGUGGUGAUUGGUGUAAUUCCUUUUCUAGCUCUCCAAAGUGUAAAGUGCGUGGAACGGUGGGGGAGGGGCUGUGGGACGUGUCACUGGGGUUUCCCAUAGUCAGACUUUAGCCUGUGAUUGUGGCUGUGGAGAAAUCAGCAAGAAACAAAAUGCAAAAGAAACAAAUGAAAAAUC